AUGGUCAUGGAGUACUGUGUGUGUGGCAUGCAGGAGAUGCUGGACAGCGUGCCUGAGAAGCGGUUCCCUGUGUGCCAGGCUCAUGGGUACUUCUGCCAGUUGGUGGAUGGCCUGGAGUACCUGCACAGCCAGGGCAUUGUGCAUAAGGACAUCAAGCCGGGCAACCUGCUGCUCACCACCAGUGGCACGCUCAAGAUCUCUGACCUGGGUGUGGCCGAGGCCCUGCACCCUUUCGCUGAGGAUGACACAUGCAGGACGAGCCAGGGUUCCCCAGCAUUCCAGCCGCCUGAGAUUGCCAAUGGCUUGGACACCUUCUCCGGCUUCAAGGUGGACAUCUGGUCGGCUGGGGUUACACUCUACAACAUCACGACAGGCCUGUACCCCUUCGAAGGGGACAACAUCUACAAGUUGUUUGAGAACAUCGGGAAGGGGGACUACACGAUCCCAGGCGACUGCGGCCCCCCACUCUCGGACCUGCUGAAAGGGAUGCUGGAAUAUGAGCCAGCCAAGAGGUUUUCCAUACAACAGAUCAGGCAGCACAGCUGGUUCCGGAAGAAGCACCCGCUGGCUGAGGAGCUGGUGCCCAUCCCACCAAGCUCGGACUGCAAGGACCGGUGGCGCGGCAUGACUGUGGUGCCCUACCUGGAGGACCUUCACGGCUGUGCUGACGACGACGGGGAGGAGGACCUCUUUGACAUUGAGGACGACAUCAUCUAUACUCAGGACUUCACUGUGCCUGGACAAGUCCCGGAAGAGGAGGCCAGUCAGAAUGGACAGAGCCGGGGCCUGCCCAAGAGCAUGUGCAUGAAUGGCACCGAUUCAGUGCAGCUAAGCACCAGAUCGAGGGCAGAGCGCCGGGCCAGUGCUGCCUCCAACCCUGCCCGCAAGGCCUGUUCUACUAGCGGCAAGAUCCGUCGGCUGUCAGCCUGCAAGCAGCACCCGUCUCGGAGAGCCCUGGCCGUGUGCCAUGACCCAGGUCCUCUUCCGUCUUCCCAACGACUGCUGACCACACAGGAAGGCCACCGCCACACCCUUCGUGCUGACUGUCCCUCGGGAAGCUGA